UCGGGUGAUUUCGUGAGAAUGCCGUGUAGCAUCUAGCGCGUAGGUAUAUUAUUGUGUGGCUUUGUUUCCUUGUGUAGCUGGCGGAAUUUACUUGUCCUAAGAAAAAUGGCAGAUGUUAGUAAAGAAGAUCUUGAAAGGGAAAUCGAAAAGAUCCUUAAAAAUGCUAACCUCGCAAACACAUCCACGAAAAAGGUCAUACAAAAGUUGGAGAAAGUGUUUGACACAGAUUUGUCAGAGAAGAAGAAGGUUAUUGACCAACUGGUGAUGGACUAUGUGAACAGUAAGAACUCUGAAGAUGAAUACGAUGAAGAGGAUGAUGAUGAGGAAGAAGAAGAAGAAAAAAAGCCUGCAAAGCGUAGUGCGCCUGCUAGCAAGGCCAGUAACAAGAAAUCACGAAAAGAUAGUUCCGAUGAAGACGAUGAUGCUUCAGGAGACAGCGAGUCAGAGGAAGAGAAGAAACCAGCUCCUAAGAAGGGUAAGAAGAAGAAGGGAUCCUCAGAUUCAGACAGUGAUUGGGGCAAGAAGAAAGAAAAGGCAGCCAAACCGAAAAAGGGUGGUGGGCGGAAAGGCGGAGGAUACACCAGAGCUUACAAGUUGUCUCCGGCCCUAUCAGAACUCAUGGGGGAAACGGAAAUGCCACGACAUGAAGUGGUCAAACGUGUUUGGACCAUCAUCAAAGAGAAGAAUCUGUAUGAUCCCAAUAACAAACAGUUUGCUAUCUGUGACGACGCUCUGUACAAAGUGAUAGGAACCAAACGUUUCCGAACCUUUGGCAUGAUGAAGUAUCUCAAAACGCAUUUCCUCGAUGACUAACUUAUUAUCUAUAUAGUUAAAGCCAAGCACUCCUCUGUUAACUACAUAUAUUUUUCUAAAUACAUUUGACAUUUCAUUUCUUACAUCCGAUAUGUUUGUGUGUUCAUUCAAAUAAGAUUUAUUAUAUGCUUGCAUAUGUAUUAUUGAUAGAUAUUUUAAAUGUAAGUAUGAAUGUCCAGUUUCAGGAACAUCUACUAUAGGUUAAGUCGGUCACUAGUCGAGCGACUGUUAGGUGUUUGUGAAACUCGAUACCUUCUGUUAAGAUAUGCUAAGAUAUGUAAUCUUUAACACUUGUUCAGAGCUUUUAACUUGGGAUUCAUUAAGUUGGUUCACAUUAUGAUGAAUUUAAUAAUGAAAUUGACGAAUAACAAAUUUAUAGUGAAUUAAACCUGAUUUUUUGUUACUUUUCAAAUGAUCUCUGAUUGUUAUUUUAUGUUAAGCUAUAACAAUACUUUUGUAUGCGGAAUUAAGUGUUAAUUAUUAUGGAAUGUAUAGAGUUAUAUUGUCCUAGUGUAUGCAUGAAAGGCAAUAAUCUAGUUCGCUAGAUUCAAAGGUUGUAAGUUUGUCCCAGAGGGAUAUUUCUAUGAUAAUAAAGACUUAACUACAUAAA